GCUGAUAGCAAAUCCAAAGGUGGUUCUGGAAAAUCAGAUGAUGAACGUAUUGGAAAAUUAAAGGAUCACACUCCAAAAAGUAGUGGUAAAUCGGUUGAUGUUGCUCAGAAGACAUCCAGUAAAUCGAAGAACAAUGAUACCCAGACGCCUAAAAGCACCAAAUCCAAGGAAGAUGACAGCACCGCACAAAAAGCUUCCACCAAGUCCAAGCAAGACACACAGAAGGCUGGGAAGUCAAAUCAGAGCACAUUAAAGACUGCCUCCGUUUCCAAAGGUAAAUCGUCUGCUAGCAGCGGGAAAGCAAACGCCAACGGUACAGGCAAGGCAAAAGCAGCUUCAAAACCGACUAAAGAAGAUGAGGAUAUGAAGGAAGCCUCAAGUGAUUCUGAGAAAGCGCCAGAAAGCACACCAAAGGGGAAGUCCCCAACUUUAGCCAAGGUACUUGCAAGCGAGACCAAGUCUGGUAAGAAGCGGCGAAGAGGAAGCAAAAGUUAAUCGUCUAGUCUCGCCUGUGACUGUGAGUUAGUUUUUCCAUCAUUAUUGGAAUGAUUCCCAGAUUUGUGGCUAGAAUUGUUAUAUUUGCGUUCGAUAGGGGUAACGUAGUUUUCUGUUUAUGUCGAUGUUCUAGACGGAAUUAAUGGCAGACGGUAGAGAAACGUUCGAGCUAGUUCCAUUUCAUCUUCCUCUACUGACCGUCUCAUCUUUUAAUCGCUUUUUUAAGCUUCCGUUGGCGAGCUCCAGCCUCCAUUGCUGGUCAGAGUUUGAUGUUGGUCUGAGAUUUUGUGGUUUUAUUUGUAAAUUAUGAUGGCCAAUCCAAUUCGCCUAGUAGUAUUCGUCGGAUGUUGGUUUAGGCAGAGUUUCUGCA